CCUCCCUUCGCGUCUCCUCAGUGAGUGGUGACUUCAGCUGCUGCCUGGGUUGGAGGGGGAGGAGCAGGCUGAGGCUCUGCUCUGCUCCCAUGUUGAUGUUUGUUGUUUGCGAGGGUGGCAGCAGAGUGUGUGGAUGGAGGGACGCAAUGUGAGCGGUCGACUGGCCUGGCAGCACGUUCACUGAGGAAAGCUGCAACUUUUUCCCCGGAUGGUGGAGAUUCCUGAGGCACAUCUGCCCGGGAUUUAUUCAGCUCUGGGGAUUUUAAUCAGCAAUUGAUGCAUCUCGGAGUGUCUGAGUCCAUGAGAGAGUGCGAGUACAGCCAAAUAAGCACUCGCAGCUCCACGCCAAUGGAGACCCCUUACAAGAAAAGGACCCCAAAGAAGAGGAAGUGGGAGGCCUUCCCAGGUCGGAAUAAAUUUUACUGUGAUGGGAGGAUAAUGAUGGCCAAGCAGACAGGGGUUUUCUACCUCACCCUUAUCCUUAUCCUGGUGACUUGUGGACUUUUCUUCACAUUUGAUUGUCCAUACCUGGCGCAACAGCUGACCCCGAUCAUCCCAGUCAUAGGAGGUGUGCUGUUCCUGUUUGUAUUGGGAACGCUUCUGAGAACCAGCUUCAGUGACCCAGGGGUGCUGCCCAGGGCCACCUCAGAUGAAGCAGCUGACCUGGAGAGGCAGAUCGAUGUAGCUAACGGCAGUACAGGCUACCGGCCUCCUCCCAGGACUAAGGAGGUGGUCAUCAACGGCCAGACCGUCAAGCUGAAGUAUUGUUUCACAUGCAAGAUCUUCAGACCACCACGUGCCUCCCACUGCAGCCUUUGUGACAACUGUGUGGAGCGUUUUGACCACCACUGUCCCUGGGUGGGGAACUGCGUGGGAAGGAGGAACUACCGUUUCUUCUACAUGUUCAUCCUCUCGCUCUCCUUCCUCACCAUCUUCAUCUUCGCCUUCGUCAUCACACACAUCAUUUUAAGCUCCCAUCGAAAUGGGUUCCUCAAGGCACUUAAAGAUAGCCCUGCCAGUGUGCUGGAGGUGGUGGUGUGCUUCUUCUCUGUCUGGUCCAUAGUGGGUCUCUCAGGCUUCCAUACCUACCUGAUCAGCUCCAACCAGACCACCAAUGAAGACAUAAAAGGUUCGUGGUCUUCUAAAAGAGGGAAGGACAACUAUAACCCUUACAGCCAUGGCAAUAUAUUCACCAACUGCUGUGCGGCGCUGUGUGGACCCUUGCCACCAAGUCUCAUUGACAGACGGGGCUUCGUCCAAUCAGACACGCCACAGUUAGCCUCACCAACCAAUGGCAUCACUAUGUACGGCGCCACCCAGUCUCAGCAAAGCCACAUGUGUGACCAAGACCAGUGCAUUCAGAGCACCAAAUGUUUGCAGGCUGCCGCCACUCCUCUCCUCCAGCAGCAGAGCAGCGAGCCAGUCAUCCUAACGGCCUCCCCUGAAAACGGAGUGUCUCUACCUGGCCGCACCUCCCUCGCCCUCGGCGGCCCGUGCACCUCACUCCCCCUCGGACAGCCCACCCCUCCGACGUCCACCCCAAGCCUCAGCUGCCACGAAGCCACUGACAUGCUGCCGAUCCACGGACACACGCACAACCACAGCCACCCCCUCCAGGAGCCGGUGGCCCACCACCACUUCCUCACUCCAGAGGAGGUGCCCUCGCCGCCAGGUAUGCUUCACUGCGGCAGCCCCUUGGGUCACAGCCACACCGUGCAGGCCGGCUUCUACAACCCAGCCAGCCAGGACUCGCUACAUGAGGACUCUGUCAGAGGAUUGGUUAAGCUCAGCUCCGUCUGACAGUGGAAUAUAUACCCCGCCGCCCCUCGUCACCCCCUCAUGAAAACAUGCAUCCAACCCCAGAAACUCUCCUGUGCCACUUUUGGAUCAGCUCACUCUCCUUUUGACUUACUGGCUGUGGCUUAAAUUCAGCUGCUAGAAAAUCUGCGGAAUUUAACAGAAUCGAAGUAAAAACCUGUUGUCCUCAGCCAAUAUCUUGCCAAAUCUCUCUGCAGGGACUGGGAGAGAUGGUUCCUGGUGUAAUGGCCUGUAGGACAGCUCAGACGUACACUUGUCUUUUUUUUUUUGUUUGUACUUCAAGGGAAACGUAAUCCGUUAGCUCCUGGAAAUUGCACAGGGGAGUGUUUUUAAAGUGGCGCAUGUCUGUGAGCCAUUUCAAGCAAAAAGAAAAAGAACUUGUGUUUUGACAGUUCAUGAAAUUUUUGGUCAGAAGGCUGAGUUUCUGUCAAUGGAUUACAGGUCUGGCAGAUUUUUUUUUUUUUUUUGUGAAACUAACUUUAGCCGUUUUGCCUGUUGCUGAUUGGACCAUGUCUUCUGCCUUUUUUCUUGGACAUUCUCAGCAGUGCAAUGGUUGAUGUCUUCAUGUUGCAUAUCAUCCUGCUUUUCUAUGUAAAAAUAAGACUGUUGUACUGUAACAUGGUUAUUACAACUCUUAAAAAUUAUAUUUCCUGUGGAUAUUAUUAAAAAACGAACUUUUUAUAAGA